UUUAAAAGAAAAUACAAAAGUGCUAGGGAAAGCGAGGCGCGAACCGUGGUAUUUUAUUAAGAAUCAACAGUGAAAUCUAUAAUUGUAUGAACAUUGAACAAUCUUCGUCGGAGUUGUAGCGGUCGAUCGUCAAAGUAACUCCAUUAGAAUGGCGCACGGGGGCUACAACAAGCGCGGGGUGGCCGGACGCAAGCCGGCGAGUAGUCGGCGGUCCAAAGCACAACUUGGUGUCGACAAGAAGGCCAAGCCUAAGUCCGUGUCUAUCAAGAACCAGAUUCGAUCCAUCGAACGUAUGCUCCGAAAGGAUCUUCCUCCUGAAGUCAGAGAAGCUCAAGAAAAGAAGUUAGAAGGACUCAAGAAACAACAAGAGAUUCACGUUCAACUGGCUGUGGAGCGUAAAAUUUUUUUGCGUAACCGGAAGAUUAAGUUUUUUGAGAGAAGAAAAAUUGAACGGAGAAUAAGACGAUUAGAGAAACUGCAACGUGCUUCAACUGGUCAGGUCCAAGAGGCAGAGACUGCCGAGCAGCUUUCUAAAUUGAAAGAAGACCUUGAAUACGUCAGGUUCUUUCCCAAGACCGAGAAAUAUGUAUCUUUAUUUAUGGGAGGUGAUGAUGUGGACAUAGUUGAUAGGAGAAAUAGAUUAAGGAAGCAGAUCAAGGCUAAUAUAAUUGCUGCUGCAGCUAGUGGCAAGGAUUUGGAAGAGACUGGGAGUGAGGAUGAUGGAAUUUUGGAUCUGAGUGACGAUGAUUUCUUCUUAACUGGAAGUUCAAGUGAUGAAGCUGAUGCAGAUGAUGAAUGGACAGAUAAAAGUACAAGAGAACAAGCCUCUAGUGCUUCCGGUAAAGCAGCAUCUGGCAUGUCCAGUGAUGAAAGAAAUCAGAGGCAGAUUUCUGCUCGAGCUCUGAUGCCACCUCCUCGGCCAUCAAACAAUUCGUUUCCAAGGUCACUUGGUGUUAAAUCAAGGUUUGGAGGUUCUUCAAGCAAAAAAUCAUCCUUUAAGAGGGUUGAAAUGGCCACAUCUAGCAAUACAUCGAAUAACAUGAGUGGAUCAUCCUUCAGAAACAGGGCAUCUUCAGAUUCACGGACGGGCCAGAGUAGUAAUCUGAGUUCCAACUCUGAUGCUCGGAAACCCAGAAGGAGGAGGAGGCCUAAGAAGAAAAGGCAACAGGCAUGAAUUGAUUGGACUGCUGAUGUAAACUUUAUUGCCAAGUGAAGAAGCUCAUAUAAUGUUUGUGCAAAAUUCUCACAGCAUACUUUUUGACCCAUCGACUUGUUCCUUUUCCUUUUCUUUAGACAGUCAGGAAUCUGUACCUGUGAUUCUUUGUUUUGAUCAGUUAAACACCAUGUCUACUGCAUUCAAGUUAGUUGUUUGAAAAUUCAAUUUCCUUAGUAAUUAAUUGUAUUAUGGCCAUUCUCCGUUGCACUAUUAAAAAAUUUAUUCGAGGAAAGCUGUUUUGUUUGUUUA